AAUAGUGAGAAUGGGAGUAAGCAACACAGCAUAAACUUUGAAAGCAGUGAUGGCAACGAAAACGUUAUUACUGAGGAAAAGGAAAGCUUUGAGGCUCAAGCAGAAACCAGUGCUUUAUCAAAACAAGUUGCCAAUGAUUUAUCCGCUUCAGAUAAUGCCGCAGAAUGUCCAUUAGACCCAAAUGAUUCAGAUGCAGGAAGCAGCUUCUUCAGUAUGCUGUCUCUGGACGUCAUAGAGGACGUCUCUGCCCGCGUCCACCCCGGCCAGCUGAGCCUGGAGGAAAGGGAGAAAAGGAAGAGAGAGAAUCUGGAGAGGAAGGCUCGUGAAGGAAGAGGAAAUGACAGCGACGACAGCCUGUUUUCCCCUCUGACCUCAUAUGUCACUGCAGAAACUGAGCUCAAGACACUGAUUACAGAGCUGGAGGAUGCAGUUCUGGUUGGCCUGCAUACGUGUGGAGAUUUGGCCCCCAGCUCUCUGCGGAUGUUCAGGGCCAAACAGGAGCUGCGCGCCGUUUGCAGUGUGGGCUGCUGCUACCACCUGCUCUCUGAAGAGUUUGAUCAGGACAGACAGGGGUGUGUCGACGGUGUGUGUGGUUUCCCUAUGAGUCAGUAUCUGAAGGCUCAGGCGUGUUUCUGUGGUCGAAAUGCCAGGAUGUCAGCAUGUCUAGCUCUGGAGAGAGUGUCUGCUGGAGGAGGGCUGCCUAUGGAGUCACUUUUUUAUCGGGCGGUGCUUCAUGUUAUUUUACGGGAUCACUAUGAUUCCUUUAAAAGUGAGAAACGUGUUGGGAACGUGUACUCCAAGGCCUCGUCGUUUGUGGAUUAUGUCAGGCGAGCACUUAAGAAGCUGGAUCUGGAUGACACCAAACUAUCUGACGGUGACAUUCAGAGCUAUCAUGAACACUACAGUCCCAGAAUGAAUGAGAUGGUGGCUUUUAACAUGUUAAAAGUGAUUUUGGCUCCGUGUAUAGAGGGUCUCAUCCUUCUUGACCGACUUUGCUACUUGAAAGAGCAGGACAAUGUGUCUCAUUCGGCACUGGUUCAGCUCUUUGACCCCCUCCAGUCCCCUAGAUGUUAUGCAGUUGUUGGUAUAAAGGAAUCUACAGUUUGAAGACCAACGCUGGUGGCCCUGCUGUUUAGAGUUUUUUUUUAUUUAUUCUUUAAAUAAAACCUUUUAAUUUUUUAUUACUUGUUUUUAAUGUUUAAUCAUUGCUAAUUCAAACCAACAAUAAAAAUGCUUUUAAUUUAAGUU